UUAACCAAGUUUCCUCAUAUAAAAGUGAGCUUCAUUUCCACGGGUUCAGUCUUAGAGCACCAGCUGAGCAAUCCACGGAGCUGACUUGUAACUGACUUACAUCAUCUUCAUCAUGAAGAUAGUUACAGUGCCAAUGCUUCUGACUCUGGCUCUUUGCCUCAUACAAGAUGCUGCCAGCGAGGAUGAAAAUCAGGAAACCUGCAGUGAAUUCCGAGCAUUGUUGAAAACUGGAAAAUUAUUUUGUCCCCAGGAUAAAAAUCUUUUUCAAAGCCCUGAUGGAUUAAAUCUCAUCCAGAAAUGUGCCAUGUGCAAAGUAAUAUUGGAAAAAGAAGCAAGAUACCAGAAAAGGGCCAGGCAUUUGGCAAGGGCCACCAGAGACACCGACCCAGCAAAGCUGAACUGCGAUGAUUUUAGGAGAGGAGAAAGAGAUGGGGAUUUUAUCUGUACUUUUGAGAAUGCAGCUGUUUGUGGCACAGAUGGGAAAACAUACAGCAGCAGAUGUGCCCUGUGUGCUGAGAAUGCGAAAACCCGAUCCCAAGUUGGCAUAAAGAGUGAAGGGGAAUGUGAGAACCAUAACCCUGAGCACGACCUGUGUAGUGCUUUUCGGCCCUAUGUGAAGGAUGGAAGACUUGGAUGCACAAGGGAACAUGAUCCUGUUCUUGGUCCUGAUGGGAGGACACAUGGCAAUAAGUGUGCAAUGUGUGCUGAGCUGUUUUUAAAAGAAUCUGAAGAAAAUGCCAAGCGAGAAGGUACAACCAGAAUUCGACGAGAUGCUAUAAAGGAUUUUUGCGAGGAAUAUGAGAACCAAGUGAGGAAUGGGAGACUUUAUUGUACACGUGAGAGUGACCCAGUCCGUGGCCCUGAUGGCAGGAUGCAUGGCAACAAAUGUGCCCUGUGUGCAGAAUUUUUCAAACAACUUUUUUCAGAAGAAAAAAAUAAAGCAGAUGAGAACCUGAGAAAGCCUAAAGAAAAAGUUAAAAGAGACAUUGAGAAACUCUGCCGUGAAUAUCACGAUUAUGCAAAGAAUGGAAUACUUUCCUGUGACAGAGAAAAUGACCAUUUUCGCAGCUCAGAUGGGAAAAUGCACAGCAACUUAUGUUCCAGAUGCCAAGCCUUCUACCUAGAAGAAGCUAAAGAAAUGGAAGAGGGUGAAGCAGAAGCAAGGAAUAAAAGAGAAUCUGAAAAGACACCCGCAUAUGCAGAGCUAUGCAGUGAAUAUCGCAAAUUUUUGAGGAAUGGAAAACUCUUCUGCACCAGAGAGAACGACCCCAUCCAGGGCCCUGAUGGGAAAAUGCAUGGCAACACCUGCUCCAUGUGUGAGGCCUUCUUCAAAGCAGAAGAAGAAAAGAAAAAGAAGGAAGGUGAAUCAAGAAAUAAAAGACAAUCUGAGAAGCCAACUUCAUUUGAGGCGUUGUGCAGUGAACAUCGCAAAUUAAUGAAGAAUGGACAGCUUCUCUGCACUAGAGAGAAUGACCCCAUCCAGGGCCCAGAUGGGAAAAUGCAUGGGAAUACUUGUUCCAUGUGCGCAGACCUCUUUAAACAACAAGAAAGAGCAAAAGCAAAGGCUAAAAGAGAAGCUGCAAAGGAUCUGUGCAGUGAAUUUCGGAACCAAGUGAGAAAUGGAAUGCUCAUAUGUACCAGGGAGAAUGAUCCUGUCCUUGGCCCAGAUGGAAAAAUGCAUGGAAAUAAGUGUGCCAUGUGUGCAAGUGUGUUCAAAAUUGAAGAAGAUGAGAAGAAAAAUAAUGGCAAGGAAGAAAAAGAAAAACUUGAGCCUGAAAAAGUUAAGAGACAAGCAGUACAGGAGCUGUGCAGUGAAUACCGUAACUAUGUAAGGAAUGGACAGCUGGCAUGUACUAGAGAGAAUGAUCCCAUCGAGGGCCUGGAUGGGAAAAUUCACGGCAAUACUUGCUCCAUGUGUGAGGCCUUCUUCCGGCAAGAAGAAAAAGAAAAAGAAGUUGAAUCCAGAGCAAGAGCUAAAAGGGCAGCUGAAAAGGAUACAUGCAGUGAAUUUCGGAGUCUUUUACAAAAUGGAAGUCUUUUCUGCACACGAGAAAAUGAUCCUGUGCGUGGCCCAGAUGGCAAGACCCAUGGCAACAAAUGUGCCAUGUGUAAGGCAGUCUUCCAGAAAGAAGAUGAGGAAAGAAAGAGGAAAGAAGAGGAAGAUCAGAGAAUGACUUCAGAACAUGGUCCCAAUGGUGGUGCUGGUGGAGAUGGAAAAGACCAAUGUGCUGAAUAUCGGGAAAAAAUAAAAAAUGGAAAACUCAGCUGUACUCGGGAGAACGAUCCUGUACGUGGUGCUGAUGGAAAAUCAUACAACAAUAAGUGUAUCAUGUGUAAAGAAAUACUUCAAAGAGAAGCAACUGAAAAGAAUAAUUCUGGCCUCAGAUCAAAUAGUGCUGAAGCAGCAUCAGGAAAGGAUAUGUGUGAUGAGUUUAGAAGUCAAAUGAAAAAUGGACAACUUAUCUGUACUCGGGAGAGUGACCCUGUCCGGGGUCCAGGUGGCAAGACACACAGCAAUAAGUGUACUAUGUGUAAAGAAAGACUGGAAAGGGAAGCAGCUGAAAAAAAGAAAGAGGAGGAAAACAAGAGAGAAAAUGGUGAAAGGAGCAAUGAAAAAAAGGAUCAGUGUCAUGAAUUCCGGAGCCAGCUGAGAGACGGAAAGCUUAUCUGUACCAGAGAAAAUGACCCUGUUCGAGGCCCGUAUGGCAAGAUGCAUGUCAACAAGUGUGCUAUGUGUCAGAGCAUCUUUGAGCGAGAAGCUAAUGAAAGAAAAAAGAAUGAAGAAGAAAAAUCAAGAGCCAAACCCUCAAAUUACUCAAAGGACGAGUGCAGUAACUUUCGGCAGCGUGUUAGGAAUGAGCAGCUCAUCUGCACUCGAGAAAAUGACCCUGUGCGUGGUGCUGAUGGGAAGUUAUAUAAAAACAAGUGCUUCAUGUGCAGAGCUGUCUUUCAAAAAGAGGCUUUGGAAAAGGCAAGAAUUCUAGAAGAGCCAAUUCAUAUUAGAGCUUCUGAAAAAGUCAGCCCAGAUUCCCCCAAUUCUUCUCUGGAAUCUGAUAUGUGCAAACAUUACCGAGUAUUGCCCAGGAUGGGUUACCUUUGCCCAAAGAAUUUACAGCCUGUCUGUGGUGACAAUGACCGGACAUACAACAAUCCCUGCAUGCUCUGUCAUGAAAACUUGAUACACCAAACUAAUAUACACAUACGUAGUGCAGGAAGGUGUGAGGAGAAUAGCAGACCAGGAACAACACCGCUCAGCAUGUCUAAUACACCUGUAAGUACAAUGACAUUCCUGAUUAUGAUGUUAGAACACGUUGGUCCUGCUUCUGUUAUUUUGCACUGAGUGAUGAACAUUUCU